AGGAGAGCCACCCCCACCCCGGCAGGGGCAGCCGUGGGAGUUUCCCUCAGCCGCGCCGCCUCGGGCUGGGAGCUCUGCCGUGUGCCCGGGCACCGGCCGCUGGGCAGGCACCCGUGGCGCGGAUUGCUGGCCUCGGGUAAUCCCUCGUGAAGAGCCUCGGAGUUUCACCGUUUAACGGGUGUUACAGCUGUAUCUGGCUAGGGGGGCUCGCAGGACUCCCUGAGGAGGCUGCCCGUUUGGUAAGCAGUCAGGCUGUUGCAGUCUUACGCAUUUGAUUUGAGAGCACUUUAGCAUCCCCUUGGGGUGCUUUCCUCUUUCUUCAAUUGGCUCUAGCAAGCAUCAUGAGGUUUCUAAGUGGUUUUACCGUAUCUUUUGAUGCCUCCGAAGAAGAAAUGUACCCAGAAGGCCAGGAAGGCAGAGCUGGUAUUCCUUGAGAGGCCGCGAGAGGGACCCGUCCAUUGCUAUGAAACUCCGCUACCUUCCGCUGAGAAUCCAAGAUGUGUUCCUACAAAACCUGUAGACCAGAACACCUCUGCUGCCUGGGUGUGCCCACAAUUUGAAACAACUAAGUCAGUGGUGUUGAAAGCAUGCCAGAAGAAGCAUCGUGGUCCUCACAAACCCCAGAAUCAGGACGCCAACCACAGUUUGCCUCAUGCAGGAGGAGCUUCUCAAAGAGCUAUAGCCUGCAAAUUUCCUCCUUUAACUUUUGAGAAUCCAGAAGGAUAUGCAGUCCACCCCUCGGAUCAUCCAAAUUGCUUGAGGAAGAACACACAGCGCUCUCACAGCCAGCCCAAGAAAAGGACAGCAGCAAAAGCCAACAUCCAGGCGAAUAGUCAGGAGAACUGUGAAGAAACACCUUUGUUACCUGCUCCCCAGCCUGUGGAGCCAGAAGUCUUUAGUUCACCAGAUGUAGAGACUCCACAGGUGCCUUUCAUAAGAAACUGGCGGUGCAGCAGCACUCUGCCACAAAGAAGGAGCCAUGCCUGGCAUCCAGAAAAAGAGCUGGCAUUCGGUAUUGACCCCUGUGGGACAGGGGAGUCAGCAGCAGUACUGGUUACAGAUACUCCUGAGCAUGAGUAUGGAGUAAAGGUUACUUGGAGGCAGCGGCCUCAUCUAAUGAAAUACCUGCGGGAGAGAGGGAAGCUGAGUGCUGCCGAUGUACUGGUGAAGGCAAACCCCGAGCUCUCAAGGACACAGGCCAACAUCUGACUUGGUCGGAGCAGUAAUUUUGUUAUGUGCAAAGACGUGUCCAAAUAGAAAUGCUACUUUCAAGGAUGAAGAGGAGAGAUGAUUUAAGCCAAAGCCCUGUGCUAUGGCUGGCUGAUCCUCCUGAGAAACGCCGCAAAGGCGU